AUGGUUCGCAAAGACCCCAUCUUCGAAGCCCGCACAAAUGUCAAACUCCACUCCAACCGACUAAAAAAAGAAGCCAUCCGCGCGGAAUCAACCUACAAAUCAGAAAAAGCCAAAGCCGACAAAGCCAUGAAAAACCACGAAUUCCAGAUCGCCCGCAUCCACGCCGCAUCCGCAGUCCGCGAAAAACGGCGCCAAGUAACACUCAAAUCAGAAGCCGCGCGAGCCGACGUAAUAAUCAACGAACUCAAAGCGGCGCAGAGCACGCGCGACACGUCGCGCACACUGGCGCUCGCAUCGCGCGGGCUGGACGCUGCGUCGCGGAGUGUGAAUCUCGAGCAGCUGGUCGGGCAUGCGAACAAUUUCCUGGCGAGGAGUGAGGACUUUAAGAUUGCUAGCUCGGCGAUUGAGGACGUCGCGCAGGGUGUUAGUAUGCAGGAGUAUGGGGCGGAGGGGGAGACGGAGGUUGAUCGGCUUAUGGAGCAGCUUGCUGAUGAUGCCGGGGUUGAUAUGAGGCGCAAUUUGGAGGAGAGUGAGGCUCCUAAGGAGGAGGUUAAGGUUCCUGAGCGGCAGGGGGUGGAUGCUGAGGCUGAGGAUGGGCUUGGGGCUAGGUUGAGGGCUUUGAGGGCUGCUAAUUAG